CGCAAUGGAGUCGCCCGACCGCCCGAGCACGCCGCAGAGUCUCCAGAAGCAGGCGUCGCAGCGCUCGAUCUUGUCCAAGCAAAAGUCUUGGCGACCGGUUGAGAAAACGACAACGAGCUCGCCCCGGGGCACGCUCCUCUCGGUCACGACGCUCGCUUCUAGCAAGCACACCAAGCAUGUGCUCACGAUGGAGAGCGUGCAAACGUGGGCGCGGCACCUGCUUUCGGGAACAGUCAAAGAAGCGCACGCGGCGGUCGCCGAAAUGCAUGCGAUUUUGAGCGCCAACGACGCGAGUGCCGUCGACUUUCUUAUUGCCCACGGUUGCGUUUCCGCGCUCGUCCACUUUGUGGUGCGCGACACGGCGCUCAGCGAGACGGCGCGGUCCCUUCAGACGCUCUUCCGCUUCUUCGUCUUCGCGAUGACGCAGCGAGAGAAUGCACCGAACGUGCUCGACCGCGUCGCGAGCAGCCUCGCGUAUGGGCGCGUGGUGCUCGAACGCCGGAACGCUCUCCGCGUUUUCCUCUCGUUUGCAUACGCGCAGCCAUAUCCUCCAGGCGCAAGGGCGCCACCGAGUCUCUUGACGCAGAUCCACGGGUACCUCGGCGAUCUCGUGCGCGAUCUCUGGAGCCCGCAGGCGCCGGAGAACGUGCUCGAGAGCCUCGAGACGAUGGUCAUGGUAGCCAACGUCCCGGCCUACCGAGAAGCGCUCGCCCACGUGCUCUCGACCGUGACUGUCGAGAAGCGGCGGCAAUCCGUCUCGGAAAAUGAAAACCAAGAACCCCAGCUCAGGCGGAAGCGCCGGUCGUCCUCUCUGCUCACGGAGCUCGUGUCGCAACGCCGCCCGAGCUCGUUGCUCGAGUCGGGUCUCGGGUUCCUCAAGCGACUCGUGAGCGGGUCGCACGAGGCGCCCGACGUCGUUCGCAACGGCGUCCACGGCCUCGUGCAGCUCAUUGCGAAAGGUAGCGACGUCCACCGAACUCAAGUGGCGCUGGUCCUGGAGCCGUUUUUUCAAGAGCCAAGCGACGAGGCUCAGAAGAGCGUCAACCGCUGCGGCGCUCUCCUCUGCGUGGCGCUUGUCGGCGUCAUCAAGAACCCGCAUGGGGACGACGGGCAAAAGGUCCGCGUCAUGCUCGUCACCGAAAAGCUCGUGCGCUCAUCGAUGGCGCGGCGUCACUUGCACAACGCGAGCAUCAGUCCCGAGCUCUACCUCAUCGCGAACCUCGGGUCUUCGCGCUGCCGCGACGUGGCCGAGCGCCUCCUCAACGAGCUCAUGGAGCACCCCGACUUUCACGAGUACGUCAAGCCCACGACGUAGGCUCUCCAUUAAAUACCAUACACUUGAUGAUGU